CUCUUAGUCCUACAAACAGACGAAACGCAGCACUUCCCACCAGCACACAGCGAAGCUCUCAGGAUGUGGGUCAUCACUGUCAUCUCCGUGGCCUGUCUGCUGGCCAGUCCAUCUCUGGCUGGAGUCAAAGACCUCAGCCUUCACUUCACUGACCCUCAACCGGACCCCCGAGGCUUCGAAACGGGUGGUGCGGUGGAUAUAGACGCCAUUCCCCUGGAGUUCCACAAGGAAAACACCGUCACCAAUGACCUGGUCUUCGAUGGCUUUGAGGAUGAAGAUUAUAUUGAUUUUGAUAAGAUCCUGGCUGCAGGCAGUGAUGACUACAUCGAGGGCGAUGAGAUCGACGACAUUGCCACACCAGCCCCAGACAUCGACAUCUUCGCCGAACCCUCGGACCCGAAGAUCCGCCGCGCCAGACUCCUGCGCCUCUUCCACGGUCGCUCCCGCCUCCAACGCCUCAACGUCGUGAAUUCCCAUUUCGGCUUCAACCUCUACCGAAGCCUUCGAAAUGACGUCAACCAGACUGACAACAUCCUGCUGGCGCCCGCUGGGAUCUCCAUCGCCAUGGGGAUGAUGGCCUUAGGGGCCGGAUCUGGAACUCACGAUCAGAUCUACAAAGCGCUGGGAUUCGCCGAGUUCGUCAACGCCAGCCAUCACUACGACAACACGACGGUGCACAAGCUGUUCAGGAAGCUGACACACAGGCUCUUCAGGAGGAACUUUGGUUACACGCUUCGCUCGGUGAACGACGUUUACGUCAAGAAGGACGUCUCGGUGAAGGACACCUUCCGUGCGGAGACGAAGGCUUAUUAUUUUGCAGAGCCGCAGUCGGUGGACUUCAGAGAUCCGGCUUUUCUGAACAAGGCCAACCGUCGCAUUCAGAAGCUGACCAAAGGGCUGAUCAGGGAACCGCUCAAGAGCGUGGAUCCAAACAUGGUGCUGAUGCUGCUCAACUAUCUGUACUUCAAAGGUACAUGGGAGCAGAAAUUCCCAAAAGAAAUGACUCACUAUCGCAACUUCCGAGUUAAUGAAAAGACAAACGUACGCGUGCCAAUGAUGAGCAACAAGGGGAACUAUCUGGCUGCUGCCGACCAUGAACUAGACUGUGACGUCCUGCAGCUCCCGUACACCGGAAACAUCAGCAUGCUCAUCGCCCUGCCCAGGAAGAUCACCGGCAUGAGGACUUUGGAGCAGGACAUCUCACCCACCGUUGUCAGCAAGUGGCUCAAAAACAUGACAAACAGGACUCGUGAGAUUGUGCUACCUCGGUUUAAACUGGAGCAAAACUACGACUUGAUUGAAAAUCUGAAGGAGAUGGGGCUCACUGACAUGUUCAAGGAGACUGGAGAUUUCACUGGAAUGACCUCCGAAAAGGUUUCCAUGAACUGGCUGAAGCACCAGGGAACCAUCACCGUGAACGAGGAGGGGACAGAAGCUGCUGCUCUGACCCAGGUGGGCUUCAUGCCGCUCUCCUCUCAGAUUCGCUUCACCGUGGACCAUCCUUUCCUCUUCCUGAUCUACGAGCACCGCACAAACUGCCUCGUGUUCAUGGGCCGGGUGGCCAAUCCCUCACAGACCUAAAUAAAAGCCCCGCUAAAAAGUUAAAUGUAGUCUCUUACUGAGCAUUUACACUUUUCCGUCUGUCUGAUUGACUCAACGGAUGUCUGUUAUCUGUCUGUUAAUGUUUCAACUUUUGCAAUGAGGCUAGAAAAAAAGAAAAAAAA